AUGGCGCUAGGAUUAGAUGCUGUCGAUGCGGAUAUGUUGGAAAUGACGGAGAAAGAACCAAAAUUGCCUGAGGAUAGACCAAAAUUCCCACUCAAAAAACCACAGAAUCCUUUUCGAGCAACGCCCUGCAUCUACCGGUACUAUAUCCACGGCUCGUCGACCGCGCGCGAGGCGCAAUUUUUGGCCCGCAAAGCACCACUCUCCGUCAACACUUCCGAGGCCUUUGCCUGGGCUGCGGGAAUACUUAGUGAUCCAAACAAUCUUCCAGCCACCGGAUUGAGCGAUCUAAAAGGCAUCGUCGACAGGUUCAGGGGGCGCUUAGCAGAAUGUUGCCGAGAACGUGGGCAAAAGGCCCUGGUCAACAAAACCGACAUCCAAAGGGCCCUUGUGAGUUUGGGCUGGACGACAGCAAAGACGACACAUGAGAAUCCUGGGCUUGAAGAUACUAUUCAAAAGUACGAAGAGGCCCGCAAUGCCAAGUUUGCAGAGCUGGAACAGCUGAAAUCGGCAAUAGAGGCCGCUAAACUGGAUCUGCGCGAUGCCGAGAAUGCUCACGAUACGGCGAAAAAGGCUAAAGAGAAUUUUGAGCUUCAAGAAGACUACAACAGGGUUUUGCUGUUCUCCUGGACAGUUUGCGCAGGCGGCGUCGACCAGCUUGGGAAAUGGUCACACGAAUACCCCUGCGAAUUUGAGUUACUCUGCAAUGCAGCCAAAGCUAUGAUGACCACUACCCCCAGCUCAAAUUCGGGUUUCACUAGCCAAAAAUGA